AGCCUCCACUAAAUUCGGAUUGCAUGGAGUUAAUUUCUCAACUUGACGGAAUGCCAAAUAUGCAUGAUAAACUGUGAAGAAUGUUCCCCAAUUGCCAUUAUAUUACCUUGAAUUUGUUUUAACUCGUAAAAUAUUGGAGUAUAUUUUCUUAGGAAUAAUAUUUUUUUGGAAGAGAGAAAUCAAUUAUUCCGCAAAAAUAAAUAGAUUUUUGAUAAAGGAAAACAAAAACAAAAACAAAUGUAAUGUUAACACGUGUUGUUAACAUUGAAACAAACAAACGAUUAACAUGCAGCAGCUUAAGCUAUAGCCUUAAUCCAUUUCCAUGGAAGAUUAAUCCCCUAAUCUAGAUCAACUUUUUUUUAAAAAAAAAAGAGUGAAGAAAUGGAAAAAACAAACAAAACAAGAAGGUAAUUAAUUGUAAAUAUAAUUAUAAUAAUUUGCAUGGGAAAUGCGAUGGGUUCUUCAAAAGCAUCUUAUACACAGAUUCUUGUAGCAUCUUCAAUUGGAUUAAUUCUUGCUGCAGCUGUGCAUUAUCGUCUCAAGAAAAUCCGUGAUCAAAAAAUUGUUCCUCGUACUAAAGUUACUAAUACUGGUCAGAUCCUUAGGUUUGAGAGUUUUUCUCAUUAUGUAGCUAGACAAAUGGGAUUUAAUGACAAGAGGGAAUGUCCACAUUUGUGCAAAUUAUCAGCUGAGUACAUUAGAAAAUCAGAUGGAUGUGAAGAAAAUAUAUACAACUUCUUUUCUAAUGAACCAGAUGCUGAUUCUCUAUUCAUUAAGUUAGUUGAAGAAUUUGAGAGAUGUAUCCUUAGUUACUUUGCAUUUCAUUGGACCAAUGCUUCUCAUAUGAUCAGCCAGAUUUUGAGUGCUGAUCAUGCAGAGCCUAAAAAGAAGCUCAAAAACAUCGUCAUGGCUGCUACUAGGGAACAAAGAUUUGAAAGGGUGACGAAGAAUCUGAAGGUUGCAAGAGUAUUUACGACGUUAGUUGAGGAGAUGAAAGCAAUAGGGCUAGUUUCAGCAGAUGAUUCAGAGUGCACUGAUGUGAUGGUUCCAAUGGCUCAUAAAGAUAGAAGCCCAGUCCUACUCUUUAUGGGUGGUGGUAUGGGAGCUGGUAAAAGCACUGUGCUCAAGGACAUCCUCAAGGAACCAUUUUGGGCAGGAGCAGCAGGUAAUGCAGUCGUAAUAGAAGCAGACGCUUUCAAAGAAUCAGAUGUGAUUUACAAAGCCCUUAGUUCGAGGGGACAUCACAAUGACAUGCUUCAAACAGCUGAAUUGGUACAUCAGUCGUCAACAGAUGCAGCAUCAUCGCUUCUUGUAACAGCACUUAAUGAAGGAAGAGAUGUCAUAAUGGAUGGUACACUAUCAUGGAUACCCUUUGUGGUGCAAACUAUAACCAUGGCAAGAAAUGUACACCGAAGACGUUACCGUAUGGGUGUUGGAUACAAAGUGGAGGAUGAUGGAUCUGUAACUGAGAACUAUUGGGAACAGUUGAAUGAAGAACAAGAGUCCACUGAUGGAAAUAGAAAGAGAAGACCAUAUAGAAUAGAAUUGGUUGGAGUUGUUUGUGAUGCUUAUUUAGCUGUCAUUAGAGGAAUAAGGAGAGCUAUCAUGUGUAGAAGAGCGGUAAGGGUGAAUUCACAACUGAAAUCACACAAGAGAUUUGCAAGUGCAUUCCAUACAUACUGUCACAUAGUAGACAGUGCAAGAUUGUAUUCUACUAAUGCAUUGGAGGGCCCUCCUAAGAUGAUAGGGUGGAAGGAGAAAGAAAGGACACUAUUAGUUGAUCCAGAUGAGAUAAAUGUACUGCAAAUGGUUGGAAGGUUGAAUGAUGGAGCAAACUCUAUCUAUGAACUUUACAAGAAUCCUCAUCCAGCAUUUCAAGCAGGAUCUGUUUGGAAAGAUAUUGUCUUGUCGCCUUCGAGGCUCAACAUUCAGAAAGAACUCAAGUAUUCCAUCCAGAAAGUUGAAAGGAUGAGAAGCUAGCCGAGUUACUUUCUACUAGUUUUGAUAAAAACCGCAUUCCCACUAUUCCAAUUUAUUCAACACUGUUUGGAUUUCAAGAGUCAUACAUUUUAACUUUGAUAGUGAAUUUUGGCAUGUAAUUGUAAGGUUUUUGAAAUAAAACUUAUAUAUAUGUAUAAUGAAACUAUGCAAAAGGAACAAGUGUCGGAUUUUCUUUCA